UACUCACAAAUCGCACUGAAUUUAGGUCACAAUAGCGGCACGCAGCCUCGCCAUUUUAGCAACUCUUUGUGCGCUACUGCCUGCUAAGAGUUUGCGUAUUUUAUCGAGCGAUUCGUCGACUCGGGUUUUAAUUCGGGUGCACAAAAAUGCAAGGAAACAGAGGUCCCCAGCAGAACCACGGCCCUAACCGCCCGGGAGAACAGAAAAAGCCCGGAGGAACAAACACGAACGGCCAGCAGCCUGAGCCCAGCGAACAGACCAACCCCAAUGAGGCCUUAACCCUGGACUUGCAGAGCUUCAGGAAGCCCGGUGAGAAAACCUUUACCCAGCGCAGCCGGCUGUUUGUUGGAAACCUGCCAACGGGGGUUACCGAGGAGGACCUCGAGAAGCUGUUCGCCAAGUACGGCAAGGCCAGCGAAAUCUUUAUCAACAAGGAAAGAGGCUUCGGCUUCAUCCGGCUAGAGACCAGGAUCAUAGCAGAGAUCGCCAGAGCCGAGCUUGAUGAUACUCCAUUCAGGGGCCGGCCCAUACGGGUGAGGUUUGCAACACACGGUGCUGCUUUAACAGUUAAAAAUCUGCCAGAGUUUGUGUCCAAUGAGCUGCUUGAGGAGGCCUUCGCAGUCUUUGGUCAGAUAGAAAGAGCUGUGGUCAUAGUGGAUGAUCGAGGGCGGCCCACGGGGAAGGGAAUAGUGGAGUACACCUCGAAGCCAGCUGCAAGAAAGGCUCUGGAUAAGUGUAACGAUGGUGCCUAUCUUCUCACAGCUUUUCCUCGACCCAUUACAGUAGAACCUAUGGAACAGUUUGAUGAAGAGGAGGGACUGCCAGAAAAGCUCAUAAACAAAAACCAGCAAUAUCACAAAGAGCGUGAGCAGCCGCCGCGAUUUGCUCAGCCGGGUACUUUUGAGUACGAGUACGCCAUGCGCUGGAAGGCCCUGAUGGAGAUGGAGAAGCAGCAGUACGAAAUGGUGGACCGCAACAUGAAGGAGGCUCAGGAGAAGCUGGAGGCUGAGAUGGAGGCGGCCAGACACGAGCAUCAGGUGAUGCUGAUGAGGCAGGACCUGCUGAGGCGGCAGGAGGAGCUGCGGAGGAUGGAGGAGCUGCACAGUCAGGAGGUGCAGAAGCGGAAACAGGCUGAGCUCCGGCAGGAGGAGGAACGCCGGAGGAGGGAGGAGGAGAUGAGGAUGCGCAAUGAGGAGAUGAUGAAGAGGCAACAGGAGGGCUUCAGAGGCAACUUCUCUGAAAAUAGGGAACAAGACAUGAGGAUGCACAUGGGCAAUCACGGGAUGCCUAUGAACAGAAACUCGCUGUCGGGCAGCUCUGGUCCUGCUGGUACUCCGGGCCUGGCUGCUGAGAAUGCACCCAUGAUGUCGGGGCCAGGAAACAACAACAUGCCUGGAGGAGGCCAGGGUGGCUUCCCCAGGGGCCUCCCCGGGCCUGGGGACUAUGGACCUCCUAACAAACAGCGCAGAUUUUGAAUCACAUGUAUUUUUCCCCUUUUCAUACUGCAUUUUAAAGUCCAGCUAGUGAGUGCUACUUUUUGAACUCUGAUUACCAUUGCAUGUUUUUUUUUUUUUUAACUUUAUGUUUCUAUUUAGUACAAAAAUAUCAUAACUCUCCAAGUGAGCCAUGUGUUUUACUUUAUUUUUCACCUAAAUGUAUUUUUCAUAGGGAUAGAAAAUGUUCUUGUCCUGAAUAUGUUGACUUUUCUGGAAUAAAUUCCUGAUUCCCUAA